CAUGGACGUCCUGAAACGGCAAAAAUACAUAAUGUACAUGGAUCAAGAACAAACUGUGUUCGGAUGUUCUAUUGCUUUUGGACGUUGCAUUGCUGUCAGUCUCACUUGGGACAGUGAAUGUCAUCUCACUGGUUUGGACAAUGCGAUCUUCAUCAAUCUUCUUCCCUGUUGCUGUGUGUGGAAGGAAUCGCGAAUAACUGGCACGGUCUAGUCGAUUGUUGCAUAUGUCCAGAAGGCGCCUUUCAAAGUAGGACUCCAGUCUAUGGCACGUUUCUCAACCGCCAAAGCUAUGAACUUGAAACUUGGAUAAUCAUGCUAUUCAAGUACUGGACUUUCAAGCCGAGCAGAUGAACGAUGGAGAAGAUGAUAGUUGGAGUAAUGACAUUUUCAAUGAUACCCCUAUUGUAACUAAUGAAACUGUCAAGGCAACUGGCGAAUCCAAAUUUCACGCGAAAGAGAUGCAAGAAAAGGAUGUGUUACGUUGUGGAAAGUGCAACACCGUGUUCUAUGAACUGGGUGACUUCAUACAACAUAAGGAAGAAAGUUGUACUGCAUUGUACUCCAAUGAAGAACUGAACAACAUGGAACACGAUACUGAGAAGUCGACCAAUGUGGAUGGAGAUACAGUGCCUUCGAAAACAUCUUCUGACAAAGGACAACAUAAAAAGAAGGGCCAGAGUUCUAAGCCCUCAAAAUAUCCGUUAGUGAGAGUACCGAUCUACAAAAGCAAAGAGGAUGGUUCACGGACAUAUGACAAACGACAGAUAUGCGUUUACUGUGGCAAGAAUUACAGCAAAAUAAACCGACACCUCGAAAGCGCUCAUACAAACGAAGUGAAGGUUGCUCGUAUACUAUCCAUAAAAGAUAAGAAUGAGAAGUUAAGAGAGUUUGAAAGACGUUGACACAUGGGGAAUUUUAAUCACAACAUCAAAGUUCUCCAGCUAGGGACAGGGGAACUAAUCGUUGCCAGGCGCCCUACUGUUGAAAGAUAUGCUGAAGAAUAUCUCCCUUGCCUUCACUGCCUCGUUUUUAUUCAUGAAGAUGAGGUCUGGAGGCACACAAACAAAUGUCCCUUCAACUCUCGCGUAGGGAAGGAAGAUGGCGACGAAGAAGAAAACAGCGACGAUGAAGGUGAUGAUGUUCGUUCUGGUGCUAAUCAUAAGGGACCAUCAAUUAAGGUGCAGUGUCGGGUAUUCCUUGAAGGAGCUGCAAAUGCCGAUAAGUCUUUCACUGAGGAUUAUGAGGAUCUCAUUGAUACAGUCAUAAACAAAAUGCGGCAUGAUCAUGUGAAGACAGUUGUAGAAAAGGACAGCCUGAUUUUAAAGUUUGGAUCGCUUCUUCUGGCAAAGGUCGGUCAUAAAAAGCAUGACAAUGUAGCAGAGAAAAUGCGCAGACUUGGAAGGUUUCUGAUUGAGUUCCAGAAAAUAGAAAAGAACGUUUCCCUCACAGAUGUAAUCUGUGGCACUCGAUUUGAUGCUGUCAUCAAAACAACGAGGGAACUCAGCUGCGUAGGCGAAACCACAACAAUGGCUGGUGUUGUUAUGUUGAGUAAUCCCUCAGCAGGCCUUCAUUUGGGUUAUUCGUUGAAAAAGUGUGCCCUGAUAAAACGUGGGAAAGCUUUGAGAGUAAUGGAUGAUACAAUGUUAGCUGAUGCCCAGACCUUCCUUGAUCUCUUCAACUCUGAAUGGGUAGAUCUUAUAUCGUCCAACGCUCUUGCCAGUUUAAAAGAGAAGAAAUACAACUGCCUUGACCUCAUACCAAUGACGGAUGACCUUCAGAAACUACAGGAGUGUUUAGAUACUUCUCUGCCCAUUCACACAACGCAUCUUACAAAGGCAGCCUCAGAAUCAUCAUGGAGAAGAUUGUCAGAGAUAAUAUUUGCGACAGUGACAUUGUUCAACAAAAGAAGAGGGGGAGAAGUUGCCAGAAUGCCCUUAUGUUGUUUCACGGAGAGACCGCAAUGGAACGAGCAUAGAAACCAGGAUGUGUUGACAUCAUUAUCACCACUCGAGCAGCGAUUGAUGAAAAACCUUGACAUGGUUCACCUUCCAGGAAAACGCAACCGAAGAGUGCCACUACUUCUAAAGAAGGAGUGGGUGACAUCCAUGCAAGUCUUGGUCGAGAAGAGGAAAGAAUGCAACGUCAAUAGCGAAUACUUUUUUGGAGUCCCUGGAAGCCCAUCUCAUCUAGCACCAUGGAAAGUUAUGAAUCAAGCAGCGAAGGAUGCCGACUGUUCUAGGCCUGAUUUAAUAUCAACAACAAGAUUGCGCAAAUAUACCGCUACUGUCACACAGAUAAUGGGAUUAAAACCUGGAGAAAUUGAGUGGCUUAGCAAUCACCUGGGACAUACCGUUAAUGUCCAUAAAGACUGGUAUCGUCUGCACGAGUCGACAAUAGAGAUGGCCAAGGUUUCCAAAGUGCUCAUCGCUAUUGAAAACGGACAGGCAGGAAAGUUCAAGGGGAAAUCAAUUGACGAAAUACAAUUCGAUGAAAUUGACCUUCCAGUGGACGAGGUGAAUGUUACAGAUGAUGAGGAAGAUGUUGACACUAGUGCAAAAAGUGAAAAAAAGGCAGAUGCCGGAUCCAAUGUGAAGAGAAAGGAAGUGGAAGACUACCAAGGAGAUGAAAACAUCAACGUUGAGACUGAGGCUUGCCUUCCAAAUGCUGGUACUGAACCACAGUCCAGGAAGAAAAGGAAAAAGAAUGUGUUAAAAGGAAUAGAUAACGUCAACAGUGAGAUGGAGGCCCAAUCAAAGAACAAGUCAAAAGUAAGUGACCUAGACGUAGAGGAUAAGAAAAGCAGAACGUCAGGUGCGAACGCUCGGCCGAAGCAGAAAGUAAAGGAUGUUAAUCACAAUUAUGGCAGUGACAGUGAGUUGGACGACUCUGAUCUAGACGAGAACUACAGUGCCAGUGCGUACAGCUCAUCUCUCUCUGACUCUGGUAAUGAAACAAUGCCGAUUGAUAAACCAUCUAAGAAAAGAUGUAUCACCAGUAAGCAAAGAACAUCAACUAAAGCCCCUGUUGUAAGGUGGACAGGAGAUGAACUAGCUGCUGUUGAGAAGGGCUUCAAGGAAAAUAUUCUCAAUAAGAAAGUACCCAGAAAGCAUGAAGUAGAAAUAGUGAUGGCUAAAUACCCAGUGCUGAAUAGGCGUCCCUAUCUACAGAUUAAAAGUAAAGUGCACUAUAUAAUAAGACAAAGAGUCACCAUGGGCCAGAAAUUGAUGAAAAUGUCAAGCGAAAAGGGCCAAUUCCGAUAAUACUAAAGUAACAUGGGGACUUAAUUUGGCUAUUAUUAUAAGUAACACAGCAACUUAGGGCUAUUAUUAUUAGUAUAGUGUGUUGCAUAUUUCAUUAUAAAUGUGUGUAGCAUUAUUAUCGACCACAAGAGCGAUAUUAGUUUCAAUUUUCUCAUGUAUGCCAUGUGUAGUAUGUCUCGACAUUACAUGAAAUGCAUUUUUUUGGAUAGCCAAGACAGUUUCCUACUGCAGACUGAUGGAAUGUUGUCAUGGAGUCUGCAGCAAUUUAGAGUGGAUGUGUGGACUGGUGCCAGUCAAAACGGAUCAUCUGUUAAGGUGCAAAAUAAGUAUUGAAUAUUCCUUGUGUGUUUUCUGUCGCAGGGAUUAUACCAAAAAAUAUGUAAAUAUAUGCCUCAUAUAGUCAGUUAUAUACCUUUACAUAUUAUUAGUAUGUCUUGCAUAUCUACAUAUAGCAUAGAACAAAAACAAUUAGUUAAGAUGUGUAAAAAUAGCAUAUUCUAUUAUCUGUAUGAUGUCUUUCAAUGCACUCUUAUAUUCAAUGCAUGACAGCACUAUCUUGGCUAAAAGUGCACAGAGUUCAUAUUUCAUUCGGUCAUUUUUUUUCUGAAUACCAUGAUGUUCACAGUACCCUGGUCGAAAAUCCCUAUAAGAUUUGAUUCUUAGUUAAGAUCUUAUUAAUUUUUUAUACAUAAAUGUGUACGUUAGUUAGAAGAUACUUGUAAGAAGAUCUUAACUAAGAAUAUUACAAGAAUCCUAUGAAUAAUGUACAUUAUCUGUACAAACUUAUGAUCUUAAAGGGAGAUUACAGGCAGUCAAGGGAGUGUAAAGAGCCACAUGGCUAUUUACGUACCCAGAUAGAAGUUGAUGACUUUUACCACCGCUAGAUGUCCCCAUUGUGUACCUGUUAUAUACAUGCAUAUGCUGCAGCGCUGGGUUGACUUCCCAUGUCUUCAAACUCGACCCAGCGCUGAAAUUACAUAUGUUCAGGCUUUAACUAAUAAUCUUAUCGGGAUUUUUCGACCUGGGUAUGCCCACAUAAACGCAACUAAUCACAUAGCUUUAUAUAAGGACAAUAUUACUACCUUUCAUUUCUGUCAGUGUAUGUCAACAUAAAUUCAACCUCUAUGUCUUUUGUUGAAACAGUAUUUUUCUUGUACCAGCACCAUUCCAAAAUCACCUUCUGUAGCCUCCUUUAGGGUUUUAACGGACAUUUUCAAAUUCAGGGUCCACAAAAGCGAUUUUGUGCCUCAAAAAUCCACUGAAUUAAAUUCACAUCUAAAGUUAUGAUAGAUGUAAAUCUUGGUUUUAAUUGGGGGUAAUUUUUUUAUUUUCCUCACUACAUGUACAUGUAAUAUGUGGACAGCAUCUGUCAUGGUUGUGGGGAAGAGUGUGGGUCCAGAUGGAGCAAGCAUGAGUAGCACUACCGUUUUGAAAUGCAUUAUAGAUUCCAUGAUUAAUGGAUGAAGUGAGGUAUUUAAAUGUAAUACUGAUUAACUUAUAGUCAGUACAACGGAAAACAUUUGUUGGUCGGUAUGACAAAUGACACUAACCCAAGGUUAUUUGAAUCAUCAGAGGUCACUUUGAGUGGCUUAGCUAUCACCUGGGACAUACCGUUAAUGUCCAUAAAGACUGGUAUCAUCUGCACCAUUCGACAAUAGAGAUGGCCAAGGUUUCCGAAGUGCUCAUCGCUAUUGAAAACGGACAGGCAGGAAAUCUGAGCAAACUACCAAACAGGUUUGUGUUGAUGAAUAAGGCAGUACCUGUGGGGACAUUAGCCGGAUGUGGUAAAAAGCAUAUUUAUUUCAUGCAGACUGCCGACUGAACGUUUUAUUCAAUAUAUAUACAUGUAUUAUAUUCAUUGAACGAGUGUUACCACUGUUCACAGUAAAGAGUGGUUUUGUUUUGGACCAGAUACAUGUAUGCAUGAUUUGUGAUGGUACAUGUAUGCAUGAUUUGUGAUGGUAAACCAUCCAACAUAAGCUUUAUUGGCUACUUGUUUUGGACCAGAUACAUGUAUGCAUGAUUUGUGAUGGUAAACCGUCCAACAUAAGCUUUAUUGACUACUUGUUUUGGACCAGAUACAUGUAUGCAUGAUUUGUGACGGUAAACCGUCCAACAUGAGCUUUAUUGGCUACUUGAAAUGAUGACUAAAUUUGGUUUGUGUUAAUGGGUGGUAUGCAUAAAAACUAGUAAAUACUUGCUUGAAAUUUGUAGUAUUUACUGCCAUCUGUAUGCAUAAAGUUACAGUAAAACCUUUUACUUAAAAGUAUUUACUACUAGAAGUAUCAAGUAUUUACUUGUCUAGUGUUUACUUAAAAAGUAGUAAAUACUUCAUUCGGUAUGCAUAAAGUGAAGUAAAUACUACACAUUUUGUAGUAAAUACUUCAAAAUCCCAAGGUAGCUCCAGACCAACCUUGGAAGUCAAGUACAUCAAAAUUAUUUCUAUUAAAUGGCAGCUUUUAUUUAGUUUCUAUAGAUAGGAAGAUGUAUCAUGUUCAUAUACUAACACCCCAUCAACGCAAUCAAUUAUUUUGAAGAUAUCAUAAAGAAAACUUCAUUUGGAGGGAAUUGUUUUUUUGGGCAAUGCAAAGAGGCUACCGAUUUCAAGUAAAAGGUAUCCACCAGUUUUAUGCAUAUCUUUUAAGAGACUUUCUUACUUCGAAUGUAAUGACAAAAGGGUCAAGUUGCCAUACAAUAGUUAAGAAUGUCAUAAGUAAGCUUACAUAACCACUGUCCAUGCCUCUGAAUAGGCUGACAUCAUGGUUGUAAACAAGUAAUUACUAGUCUAGUUGAAGCAUAUGCUUUGCAGUAAAAGGUAAAGAUUAUGAAUAUGAAACUGACCUUUUACUUUUACAUUUACUAGUUACUUCUAGUAAUUGCUUUUACUUUUUGCUUCUACUCGAAGUAUUUACUUCGUUUUUAUGCAUACCACCCAUUAUUGUGUUUGCUGGGUAUCUCUGUUGUUUAUAGUGAUGUGCUAGGUUCAUUGCAUGACACAUUCUGCUAUCGUUAUCAUUAUUUUGUUGACCAUGAGUGAAGAAAGGUAAAUUGACACAAUGUAUUGCUGGUAAAAAGUGGCAGAGCAAGACAUGAUGGAGUGAAUAUCAGUUUGUUUUCUUUGCUCUUGGGCUUGAAAAGCGGUUGGAUCUAGAGUAAAAAAACACUUCCAAACCGUUUUUCUUUUUUCAUUAGGAAGAGGAUCAAGAUGAUAGAAUUCAAAUAGAUAUCUAACUUGGCCACUGUUUUGUCCCACACCAAACAUGCCAAAGUCCAUUCGAUUUUUGCUGAGUGUUCUGAAGUUUAUGCAAUGUUGAGAUGACGGGGUACUUGAGUUUUUUUUUCCUUAAAUGUAGAUUUCAAAAACUGUUUUUGAAACUGCUUCGUGUUAAUUAGAUGUUUUUGUUUGGGUUUUUUUUGCUAUUCAGUAGAAAUCUGCUUUGUCUCCUUUAUCAACUAUUCAUUCUAUAUCAAGCUGUAAAGUCUCUUUAAGAAAUCGCCUUGUAGUGGCAUUUAAUGGAUUUUGCCAAAGAAAGUCGUAGUGCUCCUGAGGAAAUGAAGACACGGCAUCAUGAAUAAACCAAAUAGAUGCAUGGUUUGAGACGGUAAACUGUUCAAAUAAAAUGCUAAAUCUGACAUGCUUUAGAUGAACAUUCUCUAGGCAUGGAUGAGCGUCAUGGUGAUGAGGCUGCUAGCUUCUGGCGUUUGUAUUAUUGACAUUACAUUGUUAGGUUGUGGAGUUUGUCAUUUAUUCCUUGUUUUAUUCAUGUAAUGAAUUGCAGAUUGUAGAUG